AUGAUGUACCGGCUGUCUGAGGCGGUGCUGAGCGCCUGCAUGUUCUUCUGGACCGGACCGAUCCUGUGCGCAGCGGCGAGCAGCCAGCAGCUCCAUCAGAGACCCAUCAUCGGCGUUUUAGCACAAGAAAACUUUCCAGGAGACCAGUUCGCUCAGGGGAUUUCUUACAUCGCUGCCUCUUAUGUGAAAUUCCUGGAAAGCGGAGGAGCCAGAGUUGUCCCCAUCAGAAUUAACCGCACAGAGGAGGAAUACACGGAACUAUUCCACUCAAUCAAUGGGUUGUUGCUGCCUGGAGGAGACGUGGACCUUCAGACAUCACUGUUCAGUCGAGCUGCCAGGAUCUUUUACAACUUGGCUCUGAGGGCCAAUGAUGUUGGGGACUACUUUCCUAUCUGGGGCACGUGUCAGGGCUUGCAGCUGUUCUCUGUCGUCACAGCCAGAAAAAACCUUCUUACUCUGACCAGAACCAAGGCUGUGGCUCUGCCUCUUACUUUCACCCCAGUGGCUCAGUACAGCCGUUUGUUCCAGGGUUUUCCCAAAGAUCUGCUGCAGUCUCUGGCUGAUGAAAACAUCACUUCCAACUUUCACAGAUGGAGUCUUUCAAUGCAGAACUACAGCAGAAAUGCCAAACUGAAGAAGUUCUACAAAGUCCUGUCCACGAACAGCGACGGAGAGAAAGAGUUCAUCUCCACCAUGGAAGCCUAUAGGUACCCGUUUUAUGCUGUGCAGUGGCAUCCAGAAAAAAGUCCGUUUGAGUGGAUCGAUAAGCCGGGCAUGGUCCACUCCACCUCUGCUAUCAGAACCAGCUUCUACGCUGCCAGCUUCUUCAUCUCUGAAGCCAUGAAGAGCCAGCACCGGUUCUCCAGUCCUGCUGAAGAAGACAGAGCUCUCAUUUACAACCACCAGCCCAUCUACAGAGGCCUGACUACCGUCUUCGUGCAGAACUAUUACUUUGACUGA